AUGAGAAAAGAAAUCAUCAAAACCAUAGAGGAGAAGAAAAGCAACAACCUCCUUGACCUCAGCGGCUGCAAUUUCUUGCUGGACACAUCUCCAAAGGUGUCCCCUAAUGACCGAGAGGUCUCCCUACUGAUUUAUGGCCACAGAAACAGCCAACAGCCCACAAGGCCCACCCUGCAAAAGGCUGUGGCAGAAUUGGAGAUUCUGUACGGAACUGACUGGCCCCUCCCCAAUGCCGAGGCUACUUGGUUCACUGAUGGCAGCAGCUUUGUGCAAGACGGACACAGGUAUGCGGGUGCAGCGGUGGUCACCGAAACGGACACCGUAUGGGCGGAGGCUCUACCCUCCGGAACGUCAGCCCAGCGAGCAGAGCUCAUAGCCCUCACCAAGGCGCUGAUGCUGGGAGCUGGAAAAUGGCUUAACAUCUACACAGAUAGCCAUUAUGCAUUUGCCACAGCUCACAUCCAUGGGGCAAUUUAUCAGGAGAGGGGGUUACUGACAGCAGAAGGACGGACUAUAAAAAAUAAACAGGAGAUACUUAACCUGCUUACGGCCUUAUGGCUUCCUGCCAAGCUAGCCAUUAUCCACUGCCAAGGGCACCAAAAAGCUGAUAACCCAGUAGCUAGAGGUAAUCGAAAGGCUGACCAGGCAGCCAAGGCAGUAGCCCUUACUCCAGUCCCCACCAUGACCAUACAACUACCGGACCCGGGAGACCCAGUUUUACCAGACCAGCCCAAGUACUCCCAGGAGGAGUUACAGUGGAUCAAGAAACUCCCCCAUGGCCCAGGAGAUAAAGGGAUGGUGGUAUACACCUAACAAGGAGCUCGGAAGAGCAUC